GAGGGCGGUGCCCCCGGGGCGGUCGUGAGGGAGUGGGAGCCGGCGCCAUGUUGCGAUCCCUGAGGCGGCGGUGGGACGGCUACAAGUACCGCUUCGUGCCCUGGCUGGCCCUCAACCUCCGCCGCAAGCGCAGUAACUGCUGGAGCUGAGACCCCGCUCCCCCCUUCUCGGGAGUGACCGGAGGCGGCGCAGGAGCCAACUCAGAUGUUUCACGGGGAGGUGGCCGCUUUGACAAAGCGCUUCUGCCUUGUGUGUCGCUUCGAUGAAUACCUCGCUACUUUAAAAUGGAAUUUAACGUUAAAACUAGGUAGAUGGGUUUUCCUUUUAUUCGGACCCUCCGAUAUGUUCCCGAAAGCUCUCAAGACAAAAUUAUCUCUGAUGAAGAUGUCUUUGAAACACUACUGAAAAUAUUUAAAGCUCUCUUCAUAAAUGACUUAAGUAGACAAGCACAUAUUUUGGCCUUACUUCCAGAAAUCAGAUGUAAAUAUAUGGAAUUAGUGACUGUUGAGCAGAAGCAAUCAGAAGUAAACCAUCAGGGCCAACAUGUAUUUAGUCCGGAGGAAGUUCUGUUUAAUACACUGGGGUUCAGUCUUACUCGAGACCGUAGUUCCCUGGUUUCUGCUGGGACUGGAGUCUUUGUUACCAAAGGUUUUGUACCAAAAGGGACGCUUGUAUCUAUGUAUCCUGGCACAGUAUACAGAAAGCAUGAGCCCAUCUUUUUCCAGUCCCUUGGCAAUCCCUUUAUUUUUAGGUGCAUAGAUGGCAUCCUUAUUGAUGGGAAUGAUAGAGGACUGUCAAGAUCAGUGUACAGGUCUUGCAGCAGGAGAGAUCAACUUGGCCCAUUUCAAAUGAGUGAUGAGAGCUGGCUCACAUCUGCCCUGCAAAACCCAUUGGCAGUGGGACAGUAUGUCAACAACUGCUCACAUGGUAAGUUGCCAGAAAAAGCAGCCAACGUGUGUUACCAGGAGUUUGAUGUGCCGGAAUAUUUUCCAGUAGAACUGAAACAGUAUCUUCCAAACAUCGUCUACAGCCAUGAGAUAGACAGCCACCUGAGGUGUGUAGUGCUUGUCACUCUCAGAGACAUCAAGCAAGGAGAAGAACUUUUUUCUAAUUACUACACUGUUGUCAACUGAGUGAAUAGACUCAAGACUGAAGAAAUCUGUGUCAUUAAAAUGGUUACUGCAUGUGUAUGUCAAGCUUCGUGAGCAUUUUUACAUAAUGGAAGGCUGUAGCUGUACCAUUUAGAAAGCAAGCUGCAGGCUUGUGUUUCCCUGACAGCACUUCACACUUGAUGCAGAGGUGAACGUUUAACUGUUUACAUCGUUAGGUUCUCAGCUGUCUGCUGGUGUUGAUAUUGUUGCUUAUUGUUGCUCAGCUGCCCAUACAGUAGCUCACAAAAUAAAAUACUAAGUUUUGGA